GGGGGAGGGAACUCCUGGAGGGUCUUAGGCCGGCCCUCAAGACGCCGCAGAGAGAAGAUGCAGUGAGGGCGGCCUGGCUGGAGCCGUGGAGCCGAGCGCCACGGGUGGCAAGGGCCAAGUGCUGUUCCCCGCGGGGGCGCACGGCCGCAGGCCCCGGAGGUGGGGCCUUCCCCAAAGAACCGGCGACGGAGGUGGGGGGGGGGGCUUCCUCGUGGCCACGGCCGGGGCUGCAAAGAGGCUGCCCCUCAGCCUCCGUUGGGCUCCUUCCCUAGUGGGAGGGCGAGAGGGAAAGAGGGAGGAGAGAGAGGAGGGGGAGGAGGAGCUGGGGAGAGGGGGCUCCGCGCCAACCGCCGGCGGAGCCAGCCGCUCCUCGGGGAGGACGGGUGGGCGGGGGAGGGCGCGCCGAGGCCCGCUCCGGAGCAGUGGCCGCGGAUGACGGCAGAGGUGCAGCCAGCCCCGCGCGCGCAGCCCCCUCCCCCUCGCCCUCCUCCCCCCCCUCCUCUUCCUCCUCCUCCUCCUCCUCCCGGCUCGUCGGCGGCGCAGAGCAGCGGCGGCAGCGGCGGCGGCGGCAGCAGCCACCCGAUGUCUUCGGCGCCCGAGAAGCAGCAGCCACCGCACGGCGGCGGCGGCGGCGGCGGCGGGGGAGGCGGCACGGCCAUGGACCCCGCGUCGUCCGGCCCGUCCAAGGCCAAGAAGACCAACGCCGGCAUCCGGCGCCCGGAGAAGCCGCCCUACUCGUACAUCGCGCUCAUCGUCAUGGCCAUCCAGAGCUCGCCCACCAAGCGCCUGACGCUCAGCGAGAUCUACCAGUUCCUGCAGAGCCGCUUCCCCUUCUUCCGCGGCUCCUACCAGGGCUGGAAGAACUCCGUGCGCCACAACCUCUCUCUCAACGAGUGCUUCAUCAAGCUGCCCAAGGGCCUUGGGCGGCCUGGUAAAGGCCACUACUGGACCAUCGACCCGGCCAGCGAGUUCAUGUUCGAGGAGGGUUCCUUUCGGCGGCGGCCGCGCGGCUUCCGAAGGAAAUGCCAGGCGCUCAAGCCCAUGUACAGCAUGAUGAACGGGCUCGGCUUCAACCACCUCCCGGACACCUACGGCUUCCAGAGCUCUGCCGGCGGCCUCUCGUGCCCGCCCAACAGUCUGGCGCUGGAGGGCAGCCUGGGCAUGAUGAACGGCCACUUGCCGGGCAACGUGGACGGCAUGGCUUUGCCCAGCCACUCGGUGCCACACCUGCCCGCAAACGGCGGGCACUCGUACAUGGGCAGCUGUGGCGGCGCAGCGGCGGGUGAGUACCCGCACCACGACAGCUCGGUGCCCGCCUCCCCUUUGCUGCCUGCAACCGCCAGCGGGGUCAUGGAGCCGCACGCAGUCUACUCAGGCUCCACGGCCGCCUGGCCGCCCUCGGCCUCUGCAGCCCUCAACAGCGGCGCCUCCUACAUCAAGCAGCAGCCCCUGUCCCCCUGCAAUCCCGCGGCCAACCCCCUGUCUGGCAGCCUCUCCACGCACUCCCUGGACCAGCCGUAUCUACACCAGAACAGUCACAACGCCCCAGCUGAGUUGCAAGGCAUCCCGAGGUAUCACUCCCAGUCCCCCGGCAUGUGUGACCGCAAGGAGUUCGUCUUCUCCUUCAACACCAUGGCGCCCUCGUCCAUGCACUCGGCCGGCAGUGGCUCCUACUACCACCAGCAGGUCACCUACCAAGACAUCAAGCCCUGUGUGAUGUGAGACCACAGCGAGCAGGCCCCACCGGCCCGGGCGGCCUGGCGCAGGGAUCUGGAACGCAUUGCAAGAAACUGCUUUAUUCUUGAGGUAUAACCAUAGGCAGAAGACAGGGUUUGACCCCUACCCACCUGGAUUAUUUGGAAAGAAAUCCCCAAGGCAAAGACGCAGCACGGCGGUCAGCACCUCCUCCCCCACUUCUUCAAAAGAUUAACAAAUGGUGGCUGUGGGGUCCGUCUGACCGCAGCUGUUGGUAAAUAAGUAUCUGGUUUUGAUCCAGUCGAAGGCGGCCGAGACGGUGCUGUGUUGGGGGGACCCUCAACAUCCAAACGAGAAUUCUGCUGAGGCCUCUCCCCGCUUUCCCUCCAAUGGCAGAAGUGGGGGAAGGUUUUCAGAAGAAAGGCCAGCAUGUGAGACCAUCAUUAUCAAAUACUUUAUUUUUUCGUCGAGUAUUUAUCUUUUUAUUUUUAAUUUUUUUUUUUGAAAGAAUGUCUUGGAAUGCGCAAGUCUCCUCUUAGAGCCGUGUUUGGCAGGGAAGGGGGGCAAGAAAUCCCAUCUCCCUCCCCAUCUCGGAAGCCCUCCAGCAACCACAGGUGGAUCUUUGUGCGGACUUGCGUUUCCGAAGCCACUGCUCCUCUUACAAAAAGAAACCGGGAGGAGCCCAGCAGCAGGGGCUCCCCGGGCCUCGCCCUCCCCUCACUCUUCCUUGGCCUUCUCGACAGCCCUUUUGGUUUUGUUUCCGAUUGCAUUUGGACUGUUCCGGCGGGUGUUCGUCUCACAGGACCCAACCGUCUCCCGAUCUCUACUGUAAAAACGUGCUGGCGGCAGAGCAAGGGGAGCACCGCGCGGCGCGGGGACAGGGAGGCCGGUGAGCGCACGGAUUCAGGAUGGCGGCGAAGGCGACGCAGAAAGGUUAAGGCACUUUUUUAAACUAUAGCAAGGCUCAUCCUGUUAUUUAUUCUACUUUCUUCCCUAAUAAUCGAAACACCGCAUCGGCUCCUCCGUUUAUCAGUAUUAAUGGUGUAACUUUGUUGGCAAUAUUUGCCGCGUAGAAAUUUUUUUUUUUAGAGGUCCAUUGUAAAUUUUUGAAACAAAGUCCAAUCUGUGUAAAAACAAAUUUCCAUAUGUUUAUAUAAAUAUAUAUAUAAAAUGAAGGACUAGCCCUUUUUUAGUAUUUGGCUGCUGGGGUGCAGCGUUUGUGACACGUAUUUUAAAUUUCCUUCUGCACUGUAUAAAAUGACAAUUCGAGGAUGUUUUGCCUUUUGUGUAUUUUUUCCUAAAAAAAGAACAAAAAUAAAAAUGUAUAACAUUUGUA